AUGAAUAAAAUAGGCAUAAGAUAUCCAGAUGGCAAUAUAAAUAGUUUUGAAAUGUAGAAUGGUGAGGUGUUAAGUUUAAGAAAAAUAUUUUUGAGUAUAAAAAUUUAUUUAUUUAGAUCAUGCUUAAAAUUUACCACCUUUAGAAGUUACUAUAUUAAUAAAUGAAAAUACUAAUACUUUAGUAAGCAGGGAUGAAACGUAUUAUCUUAAAUUUUAUAAUAGUCUUAAAACAAAUGUACCAUACAAAUUAGUAGAUUGUAGAGAAAUGAUAAAAUGUUUUAAUAGUUUAAGAGAUUGUAUUAAUUAAAAAGAUAAAUAAUUAUUGGAAUAUUAAUAAAUUAUUAAGGAAAAACAAUAAUUGUUAGAUUCUUAAAAAAAAGUGAUUGGGGAUUAGGAGAAAUAACAUUUAAAUGAUAUUUAACAUAAAUUUAGGGAUUUAGAAUCUAAUUUUAAAUAAGUGUUAGAUAAGAAUAAAGACUUACAGAAAGAAAAUGAAACUAUUUAAAAAAAAAUAAUAUCAGUUAAAGAAAAAAAUAAAAAAUUUUAAGAUUAAUAUGAAAAAUACCAAGAGAUUAGAAUUAAAAUAACGGAUGAUAAAUCUGCAGCAGAAAAACAAGUUGCUUGUUUGUAAUUGGAACUUAAACAUAAAUAAGAGAAGAUAAUAGAGAAAGAGAAUCUAAUUAAAUGUUAAGAAGAAUAACACUAAAAGAAUUUGGAAUAAUAGAGUAAAUACUUUGAUUAACUGAAAUUCAAUUUAGAAAAUUAGAUAAAAAGAGAAUAAGAGAGAUUGAAAGAGGUAGAAUAGUAAUAUUAAAUUGCUUUGUAAGAAAAUUCAGCUUUGAGAUAGAACUAAAGUAGCAAUGACUAAUCAAAUAAAUCUUAAUUAUUCUAAUAAAAGGAUUUAGAAAUGGAAAUUUAAUAGUAAAAAUUAAAUUUUGAAAAGUAGAUAAAUGAUAAAGAUGAUUAAAUUGCAUUCCUGAAAAAUUAAAAUGAUAUUAAGGAUAUGAUGAUUUAAGAUUUAAAGCUUAAUUUAGAAUAAAUUAAUAAGGAAUCCAAUUAAUAAAAAUAAUAAUUACAAAAUGAUAAAUAAUAAUUAUAAUAAUUAGAGAGACAGAUAGAGGAAUAAAAGUGUCAAAUCAAUAACUUAAAUAGUAUAAUAGAAAUGGCAGACUAAGAAUUUAUCAAAAAAAAUGGAUAUAAUGGAUAGAAUUAACAAGAUAUAAUAGAUAAUUAUAAUUAUCGUUUAAGGAGAUUAGUUGAAUGCAUACCAAGAUUUUAUAAAGAAGAAAUUAAUUUUGCUAUUGAGGAAAUGUUUUAGAAAAAAAAAUAUGAAAAAAAAGGAAAUUGUAUAAAUCAAACAUUCUAAGUUUACUAAUUGACUAAUAAAAACACUAGAGAUAUAAUUUUUACUCAAAGUAAUUUAGAUGUUAAACAAACAAUUAUUAAAUCAUAUAAAUAUAAUAUUCACGGUGAGUUAAGUAAAGAGAAAAUUGUGUCUGAGAAAAAAUACUCCGAUAAAUCUAGAUUGAUUGAUUCAAUCUAAUUGUAUUAUAGUAAAUCAAUUGACACUUUAAAUGAUGAAUAUAUAAAAAUUAAAAGUGAGAAUAGUAAUAAAAUAUAUAUGAUAAAAGAGACAUUUACAAAUCAAUAAAAUAAUAUAGGUGACAUAGAUUAUACUCUACAUUUAUUAAGUAGAUCUAUAGUGGCGUAGAUGAUUUUAGAUGAAUUUGUUGCUGAAUUAAAAAAUAAGAAUAUUAAUAUUCCUUUUAAGUUUUAGUUUGUAUAACCAGUAUUAUUUUCAAUUAAAAUUCAUUUUAAAGAAUACUUUUCAAAUCUUAUUGCAAAAUAAGGUGAGAAAUAAUAUACUAAUGCUUUUAAAACAGUUAUCUCAUUUAUGGAUAUAAUUGAAGAAUAAUAUUCAAACGAUUUCUAUGAAUAUAUCAGAGAACUAUAACUUACAAGAUUAGAAGUUAAAUCUAAAGAUGGAAAAAUUACAAAUGAGUCUAACAAAGAAGAUUAAACAUAAUUUAUUGUUAAGUUUAUUUAUACUUGUUAUGAAGAUAAAAAAAGAGAUCCUUUUAAAAAUAUUCUCCUAUAAUUUAAUUUAUGUUCUAAUGAAGAAAAACUGAAAGCAUUUAUCGAUUUAACAGAGCUAUUAAGCGAAACUUAUAAUACAUUUCCAACUGAAAAAGUAUAUCUCUAUUAUCUAUAAUAUAUAGUUCUUUUAUGGAUAUGAAUUAAAAUUGAAUGAUAUAAAUGAUAAAAGUGUUUUCAAGAAAUACAAUGGAGGUAACACUAGUUUUGAUUCUUCAGAAGAAGGUAAAUUUUUAUCAGCUCUUUCAUUCUAUUCUAUUUUGAAAACUGAAUAAUAAUUUUGUGUAUCUCACAUUCAAGGAAUAGGAAAUUAUUUCUAUGAUCCAGUAGUAUCAACUUAUGAUGGAUUUUUGGACUGUUUAGAUUAAGGAAUUAAUGAAAUACGCAAUAUUGAAUCAGCUUUUUCAUCAAGUGAUCCUAAACAUAUUGGUUUUAAAUAUAUAGAAGCAUUGGGUCCUAAAUAUUUAGAAGCUAUGGAAAAUAUGAAUAUGAAUGAAUAAUAAUAUUGA